CGAAACACCCGGGGGUUAGUUGGUUGACUGCGCGAGAGAAUUUACUGACUUGCUAUGUCAAACAGCUAUCCGAAGGAAUUAAACAUCCGCGGAAAGCCAGCUUUGUAUUAACUAAUAGCCUUCGUCCCUGACUUAGUUACACUCGGUAGUCAAACAGUGAACUAUCACUGUUCAUACAUUUCAGCGCUACCGGUUCUUCCAUUUUGUUGAAUCAGCGAAAUUAGCGACGGCCCCACAGGAAAAUGGGAUCAACAGAAACCUUUCCUUUCUGUCUCUCCAUCCCUUUAGAAGUGGGGUGGAACUGACUGACUGUAAUAGCCAAUUAGAAUCUGUGGAAACUUCUCAGGCCACACCUCUUUGGGUGUAGAGAUGAAAGAAGAAUCUCUGCAGGAUGGCACAGAUUAUUCAGGAGUGGAGCUGCGAUCAGAUCUGCAGAGAACUGAAGACACACAGGAAAGGAAACCUGAAAAUGGAAUGAGCUGGCAGGAAAGAGACAUUCUAUCCAAAAUAAAGAAGGAGGAAGAAUGGGAGUGGCAGAGUGAGGAUGGUGUGAGAAAUGAAGAAGUCAAGGGACUGUGGAGGGACCAAGAACAAGAGAGAGAUGAAAAAUUUGAGCCAGAAGUAACUGGCCAAAAGCUCCAAACUGAUGGAGGACUGGAGAAUGAUGGAAAAGUAGAUUUUAUGAAACAGGAAGGGGAUGACCUGUCACUUCAGAUAACUUCCUGUCUGUUGAAACAGCCAAGAGUACUAAUCCAUCAACACAAUAUAACAGAUUUUUUAGUUCCUUUAGUUUCACCUCCCAAAUCCAUUACCAGUUUUGGGGUCCAGACAUUGGUAGCUACACAGAAACAGGAAGAGCUUUUACCAAUGAGGAAAGAGAGAUCACUGAAGCAAAAGAGAAAGGUCAAGACCCGGAAGAGAAAGAAAUCACGUUUGGAUUCAUCAGAGAAAGAUGCCUCUCCUGAACCCUCCAAUGGAUCUCAGAAUGCUGGGGAGAAUAGUCACUGUACGGACAGAGAUGAAGAGGGCUGGGUCAUGCCCCUCUGUGAGGCCUCCAGCAGUCCUGCCACCCCAUCCUCCUGUUCUGAUCGCCCACCCCAAGGCACCUCGCAGACGGACCAGGUCCAGAAACGCAGGCGCAGCUACCAGCAGUACUGGCACAGAGAAUAUCUGAUGGACUUUGACCCGCAACAGAACCGGAUGAACUGCAUGGUGUGCAGCAGCUCACUGGUCACCCUUCAGGUCAGCACCAUCAAGCGGCACAUCCGGCAGAAGCACCCAGGCUCUCUGCUGCUGACCCCCGCUGACAAAGAGAGAAUCCGCAGGAGCUGGGCCGAGCACCUGGGACAGGACCCGAAACCCAGCCAUGUGCCAGGCGGGAUGACCAAGGGACAGGAGGAGUUGUUGGACAGCGAACGGCAUUCCAUUGGGCAGGCUGGUGAGCUGCCAUCUCAGAUCUUUGUCUGCUCCCAUUGUCCAUUUGUUCACACGGAAGAAGUGAACCUUCAGCAACACAUUAAGGAGGCUCACCCUGGAGAGCACAGCAGGAGUCUAAAGUUUGGAGUAAACCAAGAAGGGAACCCACUGCUUGUCAGCAGGACAGAUCAACACCCCUCACCCAUUACGACACACCCCACUCCAACACAGUCCCAUACAGGCACUGCAGGGACCUACAAAUGCUCUGUGUGUGGUGACAGUUUCAGAUAUCCCUCACUUCUGAAAAAUCAUAUGCAGAUUCACACAGGUGAGCAGCGGCACCCUUGUCCCCUGUGUGGGAAGAGUUUUGAGCUGGAAUCCCUGCUCACAGAACACCUGCAAUCUUAUCAUGGAGAGCAGCUGUAUUCUUGCUCCCCAUGUGGGAAGAGCUUCACUUCUCCAUCAGACCUGAAGAGACACCAACAUAUUCACACAGGGGAGAGACCGUACAACUGCUCCCAGUGUGGGAUGAGUUUCAGCCUGCCGUUUACUUUGAAGCAGCACCAAUCGAUUCACUCUGGGGAGCGCCCAUUCCAGUGCCGCUAUUGUGCGAAGAGUUUCAGGCGAGCGAUACAGCUAACUCGACAUGAGCGAACUCAUACAGGGGAAAGCCCUUACCACUGUUUCCAAUGUGAAAAAAGCUUCAAAUCACCCUCAGACCUGACGAGACACAAGCGAAUUCACUCUGGCGAGCGGCCGUACCUUUGCUACCAGUGCGGGAAGAGUUUCAGUCAGUCCAGCAACCUGAUACAGCACCAACAGAGCCAUUCUGGGGAGCGCCCUUUCCGCUGCUCCCAGUGUGGGAAGAGCUACAGUCGGUCAAGUACUCUGACACUACAUCUGCGGACUCAUACAGGUGAACGGCCAUUCGUUUGCUCCCAGUGUGGGAAGUGCUUUACUAAAUCUUUUAACCUAAAGCAGCACCUUAAAACUCAUAGGAAAGCAUCUUCCAUUAAUACCAGGGUGGAGAAGAGCCUUGAUGCCUGACAAAACAAUGUAUUUGACCUCAGACUUGUAAGAUGAGCUGAGCCAUAUUGUGUGACCUCUACCUGUGGAACAGCAGGGAUGUACAAAAUAUGAUGUAUAAUCCACAUCAAAAUAAAUGAGCUUGUGUAUUUAUAA